AGGGCAUGAAGAAUAGUACCUCCAGCACAAUGAUCAGUGUACUAAGAUACAAGCACUGAGUCAGCUAUGAUGAAAUUAACUACAUACACGUCGAGGUGGUAGAUCAUUGUUCCUCAAUAAUGAGCGUAGCUAAGAAUUCGUAACCGUAAGUAGAAGAAAGAAGUACUAACUCAUCAAACGCUUCUGCGAGGGCCGCUUUGCUCAAACGAGAUCAGCAGUAACUAAUAACGGGGAGACGAAGUCGCGCCCAUGUAAUGUAAUGUGAUGUAACGCUAUAUCCUCUUCCUGCGACAAAAUGAAGCGACGUCAGAACCAAGAUGUCUCAGAUUCGGACGGAUCCGAUGAUGAGAUUGAUCUGCAAGCCCUUUUAGCCAAGCAGAUGGAAGCCCGACUACAAUACGUUUCUGAUGAUAAGGAUGCUGUGGAAGCUACAAGUGGCAGGAGCGAGGAUGCUACUCGUCGUGGUGGUCUUGAAGCGAGAAAAACGUCAUCGACUUCGUCUAAGAGUGGUGCUGACAAGAGCAAGACGCAAGCAAAAGAGAGGACUACAACAAACGGUAUUAAUGUGGUAAAAAGUGCUUCCGACGACGUUCAUCUUGAAAAUGGCGAACAUCAGAACGACGACGCCGUUCCCGGACAACAGCCUCCAGUUGUAGCAUCAGCCGAACCAAGCGCGCGCGCGGCUCGCAAGCGAAGGAAAAAGGCGAAGGAAGGUGGAACUUCUGGAGCUUCUGUAAACGUUGAUCAAAAAGUGAAAAAACCGAAGGCCAAGAACGACAUCGAUGAACUCUUUGCACCUGCAGCACGUGUGGUGGCGGAAAAAAAUCCAUCUUCUAACAACACAGCAGUGGUAGAAGCGGAGGCCUCAUCAUCUUCGGGCAGAGAAGUUGUUCCAACUGCUCAACAUCAUGCUGGAGCAACACAGCAGACCCCAACUAGGACGUCCAAAGCAUGGCCAUCUUCAUCAUUGGAACGGGCACCCCAAUCGAUGGACCCAGCACUCGCAAAGAAAAUGCGCCGAGCCUGGCUUCGUGGCGACAUGUCGAAGUGCUUUUCCGCACCCUUGGAGCAGACCAGUUCGGGUUCGUCUCAGAAAAAAGCCGAUGCUACAACUUCAACGAGCAGUAUUAGUAGUCUCUCUAGUACCAAAAAGGCAAGUGCAGGAGGUGGAUCAUCUUCUUCAUCUCUGUUAGUAGCCGGAGACGGUGAUGCAACCACUACUGAAGGUGAAGUCGUGGAGGAUGAGAGGAGUUUCUUCAAUUCCUGUCUGAACGAGCUCCGCACCUUCGUCUACCCAAAAGUGGCUAAAAAGAAGAGACGCCAAUUCGAGCAGGCACGCCUUGAGGCCCUAGGAGGGAAGGUUUACAAGCACAAAGACGACGGAUCCACCAUGCCCUUGACCAAGUAUCUCGCAGAUUCCAAGAACCGCGAAGUAAAGAUCAAGAAACUGCAAGAGCGGGACAAGCAGAUGGGCGUCGAGACUUCUGCGGUAGGCUUCAAAUGGCGAGACACGGCUUUGGGAGCCAAGAAGAAGGAGCUAGCGCAAAAGCGCGAAAGAAAGCAAGCGGGCGCAUUGGUAAAUGCGGAAGCCAAGGGGAUCUCGAGAAAACCAAACACUCGAGGACAAAGUUCGGGUGGUGCAGAUCGUGCUAAAAAUGGAGGAAUCACCUUGAAGGGGGGAAACAAGCUCGGACCUGGGGGACUCGUACUCUCCAAAGCAUAUCUGAAGAAACUAGGGAAAGCGUGACGAUCCUACAUUUACAUAUCAACGACUACACCGACACGACAGGUUCGAAAUUGAAUGCUUCCGAUUGAUAAUGCAAGUUUCCAUGACCAUGUUCAUGUUCAUCCCUUGUUCUUUAUCAGUUUGAGUUAUCUAAAUCUAUCUUGACCAUCUUUCUUCCCUGCAAGCAAAUCCUGCAAAGAAUAU